UUCAAAUUGAAGGAAGUGAGUCAAUGGGAAGAGCCAUGGCUGCUGAGGAAGGACAGAGGGGAAGAACAGCGGUUUACCCUCAGCCAGACUGUGGCUUCCACCGCUUCUACACCAAGCUCUCCACCAUCAGGGCCUCGGACGACGAGAAUUUUAAAACCGAGGUCAACCUGGUGUUCGAUCAGCUCAUCUCGGAAAACUACCUCAACGAUCCCAGCAUCAGCCGCGAGCACGUAUGUUCCUUACUUGUCCAAGCCUGUCGACUUGUCCAGUUAAACCAGGAGCACCUCGUAAACAAAAUGUGUCAACUAAUCCAUCAUUUGCUUAACCGCUUACAGGUGACAGUGGAUGAACAGAGUUUGGAUCUCCUACUUUCCUACUGCAUCCGAGCACUGCAGCAGUGUAACUCCUGGACCCAUGUGGAAAUACUGCAGGCAGUGGCUGCCCUUGUCUAUGGUAAUGGGACACGAUGCCAAAAGUUCCUUCCAGACCUGCUGGGGAAAGAAGGAAUCUUACUUCAGCUUAGCACACCAACCCAGCCAGACGUGGACCUGCGGAGGGCUGCGGUGUAUUGCAUGGCCAAUCUCUGUCUUGGUAUGCCUGGACAGCCAUACUUGGAUGAACCGUACAAAACUGUGGCUCUACAAACCUUUCUCAUUGUGAUGCGGAACCCAAGGUCUCCUGAUGUUGAUGAUGUCACCGUAUGUAAGUUGUUGCAAAAUGCAUUGAAAGGCAUCCAUUCCAUUCUGAAUGCAGGGAGGAUUAAUCUGAUGCAAACUGAUCAACUAGGGAAUCUCCUUGCAGUUCUAAAGACGUACAUGUUCUAUGGUUUUCCAGGUGUGAACAUUGAAGUUCCUGCUGUUCUUUACCCAGCUCCUCUGCCACAGUAUGAAGGUAGCUCACCCAUAAAGGAGCAAAUAGGAAGUGCUACAAACUCUUCAAAGCAAGUCGGGCAUAAGAAAAGGAAAUCUCGAUCCAAAAACAAGAAGGAACAAUUGGAAGAUCAAAGGGAAGAGCAAAAAGAGACAACGCAGCAAGAAGUUCUCCAAGGAGCAGACAGUGGGAGGCAAAGAGGAGGUGACUCAACUUUCAACCUCCUUCAAGGAUGGAACAAUUCUGAUCAGAUAGUGCCUUCUUUAGAUGGAAAGGAUCUUUCAAAUUCCUUCUAUCCCAGUUGGAAAAAAAUAAAUAGCUCUGAUUCUGAGUAUUCGGAUACUGAGGGAGGAAUCCAGAUCAAACUGAGAUCACUGCAAGCAAAGGUUCGCCAGGGGGCUUUGUCCUGCUUCCUUUCAACUAUAAAGUCAUUGGAGAAGAAGGUUUUAUAUGGCUACUGGUCUUCAUUCAUUGCAGAUAUCCCUAGCAUUGGAAGCCCACAAGCUGUUUCCUUGAUGACAAUUGCUUUGAAAGAUCCAUCACCAAAGGUCCGUGCUGCUGCUCUCCAAGCCUUAUCAGCCAUCUUGGAAGGAUCUAAGCAGUUCCUGUCUGUUGCAGAGGACACCAAUGAUCAUCGGAGAGCUUUCACACCUUUCUCUGCAACAUUGGCUUCCAACAUUCGGGAGCUGCAUAGAUGUCUGCUCAUUGCCCUAGUAGCAGAAUCCUCCCCACAGACACUCACCCAGAUAAUCAAGUGCCUUGCUAAUCUGGUAACCAAUGUACCAUACAACCGCCUCAAACCAGGACUCCUUACCCGUGUUUGGAACCAGAUUAAACCCUACAACCGCCGCAAAGAUGUCAAUGUGCGUGUGUGCAGCCUGACUUUACUGGGAGCGAUCAUUUCCGUGCAGGCCCCACUACCUGAGGUACAGCUGCUCUUACAGCAGCCUAGCUCGUCAGGCCUCUCUAACAGUGGCUCAGGAACACCCCACCGCCUCAGCGACUUAGAGUCUUGGAGAAAACCCCAACAAACAGGAACCCGUGAUGGAGAAAAGGAGAACUCAGAAAGUCCACUGUUUGAGCUCUGCUGGUUGAUUCAGUUGUGCAUUUCCAUCAUCACAUUACCAAAACAGGAGCCAUAUUCAGACAGUGAUGCCAGUACAGGGGCAGCAAACAGCACAUAUGAGCCCUCUCCAGUGCGAGUAGAAGCACUACAGGUAUUGGCGUUGCUUGUUAAAGGAUAUUUCACAAUGGCACAGGCCAACUUGCUGGAGUUGGGAGAAGUAGCGUGUAAAUGUAUGGAGGAGCCAGAUCCAUCUAUUCAACUGCAUGGAGCCAGGGAGUUCUCCCUGUCUAUAGCUGCCAUUUUUGGCAGAAACCCAAAGAGAAACAGCUUUAAAACAAAAGGCACUGUUUUUCCCUCGUAUAUCUCUGAGGAUGCCACGGGGGUUGUGUCACUUUUCUUUUCAGAAGCAGGCAUUAGUUUUAGGGAGUCCAUGGGGCUGGGUUUCCAAGAGGAGUUUUCAGAUGUUCUGCUACUCAAGAUGUUGAAAUCCGCUACACAUGCAUCCAAUGAUAAAGACAAGGUGAAGAGCAAUGCUGUGCGAGCUCUAGGAAAUCUGCUGCACUUCCUGCAGCCUCACCACAUCUCCAAACCCCAGUUCAAGGCCAGCAUUGAGGAGUCAAUCCAGGCUUUAAUCCGCACUGUUCAGAGCGAGGCCACCAUGAAGGUGCGAUGGAAUGCAUGCUAUGCAUUGGGGAAUAUGUUCAAAAAUACAGCUAUUCCACUCGACUCAGCUCCCUGGGCAGCUCAGGCUUUCAGUGCCUUGACCUCGGUGGUGAAAACCUGCAAAAACUUCAAAGUGCGCAUCAAAUCGGCCAUGGCCCUCUCCGUCCCCAACAGCCGUGAGCGUUAUGGGGACAGCAAACAGUUCAGCGAGAUUUGGAACGCGCUGGUGCUGGCCUUGGAAAAGAGUGAAGAGACCGAAGACUUCCUGGAAUUCAAGUACUGUGCCAGUCUGAGAACUCAGAUUUGCCAGACACUGCUGCAUCUUCUCCACCUCAUCAAAGCUGAAGACCACCCCUGCAUCAGCAAAUCCAUUUCAGAGAAAGGUGACUUAAUCCGAACCUUUGUUCAGCGCUUUUUCACUUCAGGGACGGAGGCUGAUGAAACUCAGACAGACCCACAGGAUAGGGUCAGGAUGUUGCAAAAGGCCUUUCAGCAUCUACACAGCCUUCAGGAGGUGCCGUUGGAGGAGAGAGAGCGGGUGGCCAAAUACCUGGAUGAAAUCCUGAAACAUUGCGCAGAAUCCACAGCCUUACAGAGUGAUCUGAAAGAUAGUCAGGAGUGAAGUGUUCUGCCUACUUCUUGCUGUAUGUCCAAUGCUUUUGAACAUUACAACAGCUCAGUCUGUUUUGCUUUUAUAAUUGCUUCUUAAAAGAUGGAGGUGGGGUGCCCUGGCAUGUGGGAGAGUCCAUUGCAUUAGACACUCCCGACCCUCCUCUGGGACUAUAAGGUCACACUUGGUGAACAUCGAUAAGUUGAAAGUCCAUUUUCUCUGUGGGUAUGAAGGCAUUUUUGUAUCGUUUCAAUCCAGGUUCCAGUGGACAGAAACCCUGAGCAUGUGAAAACUGCCCCAAAUUCUCCAACAGCCUCGUCCAGAGAGGCUGAAAAAUAUCAGACUGAUGCAGUUAGAGGCCAUUCUUUUUAAUUUAUAAACCGAAUACAGAGUACGUCACUUUGUGUCUAACCUGGUGUAGGAGUGCCCGAUGGUGACACAGGAUGCCUGAGCUAGAAAGGGCAAUGAUCAUCAGCACUAACAUCCUCUAUUUGACAAUUUCUUUGUUGUUGACGUGUGGGUGGAAUAUUAAAUACACUGAAAUGCCAUUGAGAUGCCACAAUCUAUUCAAUGCAAGUGGGUGGCAGAGCUGUGGAGUGGAAUAUUUUCAUUAUGUAUCUAAUGACUGUUCUGAUUUCUCUCAGGCUGUCGGUCAGAGAAGUAUUUCUAUUUGUAAAUUUUUUUUUUAAACCUGUAGCACCAUCAUACCAUUUCCACCCACACACUCCCUCACUGUCAUCAGCCAAGUAUUACAGAAAGCUGGAGUCAUUGCAUUUUUCACAGUGUGUUGUGAUAUUGAUCAGACCAACAGGGAGUAACAUUAAGACGGUUUCACACAAAGGGGAAGAGAGAAUGAGUUAUGGAUGGAUGUGGUGAACUCUUUUGCCCUGGCAUCCUCUUUAUGCUCCAGGGAUACAUUUCCAGCUCCAUUCCUGUUCCUGACCCCAGCAGGCUGAAGUCACAAAUGCUGUGUAUUUAAAUAGGCUUCCCCCAGGGCUGUGAUCUGCUAAAACUUGAUUGACAUGAUGCAAAGGGAUUUGGGCUUUCUUGGGGAACGCUACUAGGGAUUUCGCUUUUUGAUUUUUGCAUGCGCUGGGGAUUAUUGAUCCCAUUUCACAUUUGCAAUCCAAAAUUAGUAUUGCAAAAAUCAGAAGGGAAUUCAUGCUGACACCAUUGGCAGAACCUCGCAAUGAUCGAUCAAUCCCCAUCUUCAACUCCUGGCUUCCACUCUGUUGCAUUCUUGGGAUUUCCAGCUGCUGAGAUGUCAUGGGAUAGGACUGAGACCAGAAAGAUUUUUCACAGAGUAAGAUAUUUUGUUGGACUUGUGGCAGUCAAGGUGAAGAAACCUUUUCACACAGAGGUACAAGAACAACAUGCUUUCAACCACUUGUGACCCAGAAGGAGCAAAGACCUUUUUUUGGCACUUGCUCUGAAUUGAUAGAAUGUGAUUUUUCUCAUAAAACUUGUGCCUUUUUCCCCAUUCCCUGCCUAAGAGCUGCUUGCCACUGCACAGACAGCCAGAAAUAAUUCAGUACUUUUUCAUUAAAAAGAAAGCUGCAGAACAGCAGUUACCCCAACGCCAACUAAAGAAUUGGGCAAAGCCAUGCAAGUGCUAAGUUUAGGCCUUUACCAUGUUAAACGGUGAUCCUGAUUUUGUGGGAAUGACAGUGAAACAGUUAGAAUUCGCUGUCAUUACUCUGCUGAAAGAGCAGUUUUGGAAGCAUGCACACGCAUGGAAAUCCAAAAGCUGCUAUCAGUCAUUCUAUGCUUUGAAGAAGAUGCAGAACAGAGUUUGCCCAGAGUACAAUCCACCAAGAAUCAGUGAAUUGAUGAGAUCUUCCAGUCUUAUUUACACUUCUGGUCUCACUGUACAAAACAAAAGCUUGGAAAAAUUGCAUCUUGUUGAAUGAGGUGUAAUUGGGUUUUUAACAACGUACUAACAAUAAAUAAUGCGAAACACCGUCUCUGGCCAUAAAGCCAAUUUUUUAUUUGUGGAACAUCAAAUGUCUCUGCUGCGAUGAUAAAUUUCACGUUGGGAUAAUUUUUGAAAAUUUGUUCAUAUUUUAGCCUCUGAUUUAAUCCAUACAUAAUUUAUUUUGAAUGUUUAAAUUAAAAAGAUUAUCAAUGCUUCUAAUGUCUUGUUUUUCUGCCUUUGAGAAUACGUCAGUCAGCUAAUUGACAUACCUGAAUGUCCCAGUCAACUCAGUGCCAGAUUUAAACCGACGUUGAGAAAAGGGAUGCCUCUACCACCUAGAAGAACAAGGACAGCAGAUGUGUGGGAACACCAUCACUCCUCUAAGCUACAUUAUAUCCUGACAAAGAUAGCUAGGCCUUUUUAGACUGCAGAGAUAUUGUGGGCCAUUUUUAAAUAACUGCAUCUACUCUGACACAUGCAAAUAGUUAACUUCAAUCCAUUGUGAAUAAUAACAGUAACGAAGAUUUUUCCCUGGAAUAAAUCCAUUUCUUGGCACUCCCACAUUCAUGGUGGCAAACAAAAGGGUAGUAGUAGUUUCUUUUGUUUGUGGCAAUCUACAGCACAAGGAAUAAAAUUCAAACCAAUUCUUAAAUAAAAAUUAGUGAAACCUGCUCACCAUACAUGGUUUCACUGUCCCACAGCGUUUUAUAAUUUCCAAAUGCCCUUGGUGAA